AUGUACAGAGCGGUCUGUAGUCACAGACAAAGCAGGUGAAUGUUUUGAACGAGGCGGCUGUUAACUUAUAGUUGAUCUCUCUCUCUCUCUCUUUCUUACUGAGUAGCUAUUAAAUAAUCCUAUUUCAUUCCAUCAUUAGGUGGGCUUGGUUUCUCACUGUAAAUACAAUGACUAAAUACAAUCCAAGUGAUUUGACUUGCCAUUGUGUUUGUCGUGAUAUGACGCUCUUUCUGAGAUACUAUAUGCAAGUCAUCAAAUGACGGGGCAUGGAUAUGGCAAUUAGCCAUCAGUUUGAAUUUAACUUCAUCUUUCACAGGCCAAACACUUGACAAAAAUGAAUGUAUAUUGGACAAGAGUUAAACCAACAUUUCUAUACAGAACAGCAUAUGCCACAUCUUCCCCCAGCUCACUAGAAAGCCCAGAUAAUUUAGUAGGAGAAGAAAUAUGGAUAAAACUUAACUGCAGUGCCAAUAGCACCAGAGGUGAUCUACAUGCACGAUGAAGAGUGUGCAACCUUUCCGAUCUAUUAUUAUCUUUCAGGGAGAGCAAUGCAAUACCGCCAGUUUCUAAAGGCACUCACCAUUGUAGUAUGAGGCCACUGCAUUGUGAAUACUUAAAAUGCCCGUAGGGUCCAAGGAACCUAAAUGAGAUUCUAAUGUUAAUAAGUGCUGAGUGACCUUUACUGUUAACUAUCUAAUACAUCUCAGGCAGACAACAUGGAACCUCAGCUAUGGGAGGGUCACAUGGACAAGCUGCUAGCCCUUUCGGUGUAAUGAAAAGUCUCCCCUAAAAUACAAAAUGAAAUGGGUUUUUAAAGUGACAGUUGCUGUGUCUUCGUGGUCACCUUUAAAUCCUCGUGAGAUAUGUGCCACCUCAAAUUAGAAGCUAUAGGUGGAGUCAAAACCUCAAGGUGCUGCAAUGUAAUUAAGCUGCAUGAAAUAUGCAAAAGGCCCUAUUUAUAGAUUGUAAUAAAUGGCCUGAUCCAAAGCUGUUAAGUUCUAUGGCUGAGAUGAAAAUCCGAAAUGUGGGAUUCAUGAUCAAAUUCAAAUGUUCCCCAGAUAUUCUCUGCAUAUUCACAGAAUAUUCAUUCAAUAUUGGAUACUGGCAUUUGACACCCAACUAUAUUUGAUUUCAAUAUUUGGUGGUUGAUGGCAUGCAAUGGUAUAAAGUACUUUGCCAUGACGGUACAUGGCAAUGGGUGUGCAAAACUGGUUUUUAUUUAUAUGAAGAUGUAUGUCACACACUUCUAGAGCUUACACACCAUUAAAAAUAAUUUUAAAAAUUAUUCCACAAAUAAUAUAAUAAUAAUAUAACAAAAGCAAAAUAAUCUUUGUUUUAAUUAUUAUUUAUUGCAUUUCACUCACACAUUUUUCUCCAAGGAGCUCAAGUGGACAUACACCGUUCUUUGUCUCCUCAUUUAAUUCCCAACAACAGCACUGUUAAGUAGGUUAGGCUGAGAGGCAGUGAGCAUCAUAGCCGAGUGGGAAUUUGAACCCUGGUCUCCCAGGGUCUAGUCUGGCACACUAACCACUGAACAACACUGUCUUUAAUAAAAACAGUCAUAGGUGCAGUAGAUAAAGCAAAGGCAUUGGACAAAACAUUGGCACUGGUAAAGCCUCCCUAAGCAGAAACAUCUGCUGUGAUGGGAUAAAGAGUGCCAAUAUUUAGACGGGAUCACAGAGAAGACCCUUACCUUUGUCCCAUCCGCCAAACCUCCAGCAUUGUCAGGGCAUAGACGAUAGUCUGAUAAGGGAGAAGAGAUUGUUUUGAUCAAAGGUGAUAGAAGCUCUCUCUCUCUGAUCUAAGUGGUCCAUCAUUUAAGAGGUUGCCAAUUCUUCCUUAAUGAUACUGAUCUUUCGUUAUAAAGGAGAUACCCAGUUCACACAGAUAGCCUCUUAUUUAAAAAAAGGGAUUAUUGCACUGGGAAGGUGGUUUUGGAAGCAAUGGUCAGGGUAUUUAUCUAUUUGACGGAUCACCACAGCAUGCAAAUAGCAGGUGAUCUAAGGGACAUUUGGUCCACCUCAGAAUACAGAAUCUAUUUGCAGCAUGCAAUCGUGUUAAACGUUUCAUUGGAGCGGCUAGGUGGUGAACAUUGUUAGAUUUGAGAGCUGACAGCCUGCAAGUUAAUAUUUAAUAGUUAACAUUUGUCAGCUGAGAGCUUUUGAGUUUUCGUUUUUGGACUCUCCCCAAAUCAAAAUAUUCAAGAGGUGUCCAUGUGCCCCAAAUACUAAAUUUUAAAAGAAAAAAUUACCUUUCAAAAUUCAACUCUGAAUUUUAUGUGGAAAAUUUCAAUGGGGAAAUAUUAAUAUUGUUAAUAUAUGUUAAUAUUUGCUUCUUCCAUUCCCCCCUCCCACUGCAGUGUAAUCCAAUGUGUGCAGAAAUACAAAUGUGCACAAGAUUCAGAAAAAGAAAGGCAAACGAAGUAAGCUGAAGCUGCAGAAAUCAGAAGGGGAAUCCUGUGGGAUCCUAAUGUACUUUGCUAACAGGAUUCAAGGAUUCAAGCCACGCAGGUAGAACUUCCUAGGAGGAUUCAGUUUUCCAAAUGUUUUCGGGGUUGUUGGGUUUUUUUCCAUACUGCAAUCCUAGACAUGUCCAUUUAGAAUUAAGCCCCACUAAGUUCAAUUGGAUUUCUUCCCAGGUAAGUGAAUACAGGCUUGUCGCCUGGAUCAAUUAGGAUGUGUAAUCAGUUUGUUGGCGCUUUGUGGCGGAACUUUAGGUCAAACAUACAGAGGGAUUCUCCAAGCGUAUCAAGGAUCCAAGCUUUCUCAAAAACUAAUGAUCGAAAGUGACAGGAGACAAAACAGUCGGGAUCCCCUGCAGGGAGCCUGUGAAGUGGGAAGGUUAUUUGGAAACCGGUAAGACGAUAUCAAGAACAAGGACAUGAAAAAAAUAAGAGAGGUGUCCAUGCUGAUUAGGAGAGAUGCUUUCAUCCGAAGCUGCCAUACCUUGACUUCAAGCCGCACACUAAAAUGCAUUUGACUGAACGGAAUCACUAAUCAGCCAAAACAUUUCCUUCACUUUUCUUGGGAAAUGGAAAGAGCCUCAGACUGGCCUUUAUUUAUCUCUUUGAGUGGGGGCAGCAGGCAAUGCUUUCUGUGGAGGCCAAAUCUCCUGCCCUUGUGGAUCCUGCCACCCAAGGCAGUCACUUCCCCUUGCCUCAUGGGUGAGCCGGCCAUGGCUCAUGUUGAGGGCAGGUACUGUAUGUGGUGGAGGGGAGGGACUCAUAUCACACCAAGACCACAUUAUAACCUUCUCUGAAUGUUGUCAAACGCUUUCCAUUUUCUAGAUGGGAACACUGCUGCAGAAAGAUAGUAACUCACCCAGGGUCACACAUGGUGAAUGUUAUUAAACAAGAAUUUAAGACUAUCUUCAACAUUUCUGCAGGGUGUGGAUCACACACGCCAUCAAUGUAUCACACCCCCCCUUUUGUGUUACAGCCAGUGCAUUUUUUCUUUAAAAAAUGUUUAGGGGUACUCUCAUUUUGACUCAAGAAAAUCACCAUUUUAUAGUUCAAAUCGGGGAAAAGAAAUACAGUAAAUGGACAAAAGUACAGAGAUUCACAAAAUGUUUAGGGGUAUGCAUACCCCCAGAAAAAAAGCACUGGUUAUACCUACAUCCAAUUCUAAAUAGAUUAGUGACAGGUCAAUGAGAUCCAGUCUCUGAUCUUGUUCAUUUUGGACUGUGUCUCCAUCACUUGCAAGCAUGCAUUUUGGAUGAGGAACAGGACCGCAGGGAAGCCGUUCUUAGGCUUCAAAGGUAACAUUUGAGUCAGCUAGGUGCCUUCAGGUGUUCUCAAAACGCUUAAGAAAAGCAACGGGAGCUCUGUUCCAAAACAGUUGUUACAAUUAGGAUGACUUCUCUGGAGCGGGGAGCGUUUCUGCAGUUGCCAUUUUGGACCCUCCUCAGGAUGCAGAGAGGAGAGAGAAAAUCUUUAAGCAGAUGCUAAUUGCAUUACACAAAAUCCAAGCGCAAUUACUUCAGCAUAAUCAGUUCAGUUCAAACUGUGUCAGGCCCACCUGCCUUGGUUCCUUAAGGAACUAAUGAUAGGGGGCAUCAAAGACAGGAGAUGGGAGAAAUAAAGCUCUCUCUCUUUUUCCUACAGAUUCAUGUAUUUGCCAAAGGCUUUCAUCCAAAAUACCCUCAGCAAAAAUAUCCAGCUCAGGCUCCAUAUUUCUGUUCACUUGCUAUCCAAUUAA